AUGACCACUGUUAGCCUCCAGCAACUUUGUCUUCUGCUUCUGCUUGCCUUGGAAAUCCUGGCUCUAGACUGCAACAGAACUGCAGAGAACCAAUUGCAAGUGAGUAACCCAGAGAUCCGAAAGCUCAUGGAAGCCAUAGGAGGACAGCAGCUUCCUCAAGGGUGCCUGUACAGAAGACCAACCUUUGGCUUUCCUGGGGCCAAAAUCCUCAAGGCCAGCAAAGAGAGUAAAAGUGUGGCAGUGAAGAUUAUCCUUGAAAAGAUCCUGGAGAUCUUUGAGCACAACUUCACUCAAGCAGGAUGGGAUGCAAGAACCAUAGCACGUUUGCAAAAUGCCCUUUACCAGCAAAGUAACCACUGGAAGAACUGCUCUGCUACAGAGACUGGGGAGGUGGCAACACUGAAAAAUCAAGAUUUAAACCUGACUCUCCGAAGAUACUUCAGACAGAUCCAAACCUUCCUGGAGGGCCAGCAGUAUUGCCUUUGCGCCUGGAGCAUUGUGCGAAUAGAAAUAUGGAAGCUCUUUUCCAUUGAUCUUAAUCAACUUUUGCAAAAGUUUUAA